ACAACACACAACUUAAACAAAAUCUAAAAACAGCAUUUCCUUGCUCAAACACACUACUUCUAAGUUCUAACACAAAAACCAGAGCAACUACAUUUCCUCCCAAAAACCAAAACAUAUAUACUUUUACUAUACUAUCAUGGCUAUAGAAAAUUGUUUACAGUUGAGCACAACAGCAAGUGUAGGAACUGUUGCUGUAAAAUCUCAUGCUCUUCAACUUCCACCUUACAAGCUUAAUUUGACGACUUUUCAAGGUCUAAAGAAAUCAUUUCCUGCAUUAUCUUCCUCAGCUUCAACUUCUUUGGUCUCGUCUUCAUCUCCUCGAACAUACCGAAAAUCAAGCGUUGUGUGCAAGGCUAGUGAAGCUGUGAAGCAAGUCCAAGAUGUGAAUGAUUCAAGCUGGAAAGAGCUAGUCCUUGACAGCCAAGUUCCGGUGAUGGUGGACUUUUGGGCACCAUGGUGUGGACCGUGCAAGUUGAUUGCUCCGGUUGUUGACGAAUUGGCGAAAGAGUUCUCAGGGAAGAUUGCAGUUUACAAGUUGAACACAGAUGAAUCCCCAAAUAUUGCUACUCAGUACAACAUAAGGAGCAUUCCUACAGUCUUGUUCUUCAAGAAUGGAGAAAGAAAAGAGAGUAUUAUUGGUGCUGUGCCCAAGUCUACCUUGGCUGAUACCAUUGAAAAGUAUUUGUCUUCUUGAAUCAACUCUUACUAAUUAAACAUCAGUCUUUUCUUAAUUCAAAUCAAAACUAAGCAACUACAUUAUUUGAUCAUAAGAGUUGCUUUUAGUAUUGUAUAUCAUCAUUUGUUGAUAUAUAUAUCUUGUGAUAUUUCUAAAUAUGAACGUUUAGAAGAAUAUCAAUUACUCUUGUGUAUAGUUCUACUUCUGGCUCUUAAGUAAGUUGCUGUUAUUCAAGUGAAAGACUGAUGGAGGAUAACUAAAUUGAGUUUAAAUUUUUGUUUGUUUGAUUUUAUUGUA